UCGGCCCGGCCCUGCAGACGUCUGGUCCCCCCCCCGACUUCGCCGGCCCCGUGGACCGCAGGAGCCGUGGCGCCGAGGCCCCUGCUGCCCGCGGCCGGCCCGAGACUUACAUAACGGGCCGCGAGGCGUGCUCUCGCGAGGUUUCCGCCGCCCCCCUCUUCGUUCCACGUCAGAGGGAACCGGGCGGAGCGGCCAACAUGGCGGAACGCAGGCGGCACAAGAAGCGGAUCCAGGAAGUUGGUGAGCCAUCCAAAGAAGAGAAGGCUGUAGCCAAGUAUCUGCGAUUCAACUGUCCAACAAAGUCCACCAAUAUGAUGGGUCACCGGGUUGAUUAUUUUAUUGCUUCAAAAGCAGUGGAUUGCCUUUUGGAUUCAAAGUGGGCAAAGGCCAAGAAAGGAGAGGAAGCUUUAUUUACAACCAGGGAGUCUGUGGUUGACUACUGCAACAGGUUAUUAAAGAAGCAGUUUUUUCACCGGGCUUUGAAAGUAAUGAAAAUGAAGUAUGAUAAAGACAUAAAGAAAGAAAAAGAUAAAGGGAAAGCUGAAAGUGGAAAAGAAGAAGAAAAAAAGAGCAAGAAAGAAAAUGCAAAAGAUGAAAAGACAAAAAAGGAAAAAGAGAAAAAAAAAGAUGGUGAAAAAGAAGAAUCCAAAAAGGAGGAAACUCCAGGAACUCCCAAAAAGAAAGAAACAAAAAAAAAGUUCAAACUUGAGCCACAUGAUGACCAAGUUUUUCUGGAUGGAAACGAGGUGUAUGUGUGGAUCUAUGACCCAGUUCACUUUAAAACAUUUGUCAUGGGAUUAAUUCUUGUGAUUGCAGUAAUAGCGGCCACGCUUUUUCCUCUUUGGCCAGCAGAAAUGAGAGUGGGUGUUUAUUACCUCAGUGUGGGCGCAGGCUGUUUUGUAGCCAGCAUUCUUCUCCUGGCUGUUGCUCGUUGCAUUCUGUUUCUCAUCAUCUGGCUCAUAACUGGAGGAAGGCACCACUUCUGGUUCUUGCCCAAUCUGACUGCGGACGUGGGCUUCAUUGACUCCUUCAGGCCUCUGUACACACACGAGUAUAAAGGACCAAAAGCAGACUUGAAAAGAGACGAGAAAUCUGAAAGCAAAAAACAGCAGAAGUCUGACAGUGAGGAAAAGUCAGACAGUGAGAAAAAAGAAGAGGAGGAAGGAAAAGUGGGAGCAGGCCAUCGUGGAACAGAAGGCUCAGCUGGAGAGCGGCACUCGGACACAGACAGUGACAGGAGGGACGAUGACCGGUCCCAACACAGUAGUGGAAAUGGGAAUGAUUUUGAAAUGAUCACAAAAGAGGAACUGGAACAGCAGACAGAUGGAGAUUGUGAAGAAGAGGAGGAAGAAGACAAUGAUGAAAUUAGGAAAUCCAGACUGAUUUGUACAUCUGAUUCAGAGGAAGGUGGUCGUCUCCAACAGAAGUCAUAAACAGCCUCGUUGGAAGCUAUUGGCUCUUCUUCCUUCCCCAUCUCUGUGUCGUAACGUGAAAUGUAUUCUGUACAUAAUUUACAAAGAAAACAAGCAUUUUAUUUUAAUUCUUAUUAUUUAGGCAUUUUUCAACACUUCAAUUUGUAAAAUUAAGUCCAUGUAAGAGUAUGUUUUUAGAAAAAUGGAAGUUUCAGUAACCCACAGAACAUUUGUGAUCUUUCUACAGCAGCUUCAGUUUUGUGCCAACAUUCCAUGUAUUUGAGUAAAAACUGAUCCUUAUUAAACAAGAGCAGACGUAAAGUAGCUGUUUGUACGCCUUAAUGUUCUUUUGACUUAUUUUCAAUCUCUACAUUCAGAAAUGAGGUACUGUAUUAUCAGACCAGAAGGCACUGCUGUGAAAGAUAAUUUACUGUUCUAAACUAUCAAUUUAAAAUAAAGAAUAUAAAGAAAAC